ACAUCAUUCCGAGUGAUCGAAUAUAUUUCUCACAGCAAAUAUCGCCAAACAAAAGUUCUUACAUUGAUCAACCAUUUGUCGUACGAAAUAUCUUGAACAUCGGACCAACGUUAGGCUGUUCAGCCGAACGUCGCACGACACAUCCGUGUGUAAAUUUGUUAGUGUUAGGUGCAUAAGAUUUAUGACGGAGGCGGAGAUGUCUCUUGUGCUAGUGAUGCUGUAGGUUGUGUGCCCGUCAUCAGGUUUGCCUGUCGCCUUUCAGUGUGGUCGUCCACAAGUCGGAAGCGGUCGUUGUCUUGUUACCGUCGCGGUGCAUUCUUUUCAUUCAGUGCUAUCAAAUCAAAAAUCCAUUAAGUGAGUAACAGGAUUGAUAGGCAUCUCAUUCCAACAGUUUGGUUUCGAGAGGAAGAUUCUGUCAGUGAAUCCGGUAGGGUUCCAAUUAAUCGAACCAGUGUACGGAUUAUGGAGCCCGAUUCGAACUCAUUGCGUGGUGGAUUGAAAAUAGUAGCAAAAGUGUCACAUUUUCUAGAGUUUGCCUAAAAGUAGCUGGAAUAUUUCAUCCUGAAUCGUGUGCUUGUGUAACAUUUUAUUUCCGGCAAGGUGGCUCAUAGAAGCAUUUCUACGGGAUAGCACUGAACCGGAACUGGUGAUUGAUGCAGUAUCAGUUUUCCUUUCUUGGAAAGACAUUUUCGGGAUUUGUUGAAGGCAAAAAGAGAAUGGAUUUUUGAAUUGUCAAUGUGAUUCCAGACACAGCAUAUUUGGCAGCCCUGCACAAACAGGAAUAAAGUGAAUCAAGUGCGUAUUGUGUGUGAAUAAUAGCAGCAGGAGUCGAGUGGUCAUUUGGUCAAUAAAAGUGUGUUAGUGUUUUCAAAGAAUUCAGCAAAAGCAAGAAUAGUGAUAAAUGAAAGGCUGAAUCACAAAAAAAAAACAAAUUCAUACCCUGGAGAGAACGGGAAAAUACUUCGGUGUUUUGUGUUUUGAGCAUAGUUUAUAGUCACGGGAGUGCAGUGCAAGUUACUAAAGUGAAAUAUGUAUUGUUCAGUGGAUAAAAAUCAAUCAUCUGGUAUUGUCAGUGGUAUGGGUGGGGGAGGCGGUAAUACGGUUGGUGGGAGUGCCGGCAUAGUGGGUAGUGGCGGUGGUAGUGGCGGUGGUGGAGGUAGUGUCGGUAGUGGUAAUGGCAACACGACCACACCACAGCAAAACAACAUGAAGACUGUCAAAGAAGGAGUAACAAUGCGUGAGAAAAAAGGUGGAGCCCUGCAGAAGCUGAAAAAGCGACUCUCCCACAGCUUCGGUCGAUUAUCGAUAUCACGGGAGGAGAACGAUGACAGCACCCAGCACAAUAACCACCAUCUUCCUCACCAUCACCACCACCAUCACGGACAUGGUCACAAUCGUGGCGGUAAAGUGCCCUUCAAUGGUUACACAUCCGAGGAGUAUCUGGACCGGCUGGAGCCGAACGGAAACAUCCCGGUCGACAAAACGUACAACAAACAUUGGAACCGUGUCGGAGAUCACGAACGAGUUCACCGGCAGCUGUCAGUAUCCUCCGAUAGCAAACUGCUAGACGACGACAUUCGGGAAGAAACACGUGUGAUAAUGCGACCUAAGAAACCACCCCGACCCAAAUCGGAAGUGUUCCUGAACAAACAUGACCCGCAUCCCAGAAGGAAACGGUUUAGUGCAUUUGGGGGAGACUCGCCUUUCGGUAAAACAGAAGCAUAUAUCAAACUAGAACAACUUGGAGAAGGGUCUUAUGCAACGGUAUUUAAGGGUUAUAGCAAUUUAACAAAUCAAGUAGUAGCGUUAAAGGAAAUCAGGUUACAGGAAGAAGAAGGUGCCCCGUUCACGGCAAUCCGGGAAGCGUCCUUGCUGAAAGAACUGAAACAUUCAAACAUAGUAACAUUACACGAUAUCGUCCACACGCGGGAAACGUUAACAUUCGUGUUUGAAUUUGUGAAUACCGACCUCUCACAGUACAUGGAACGGCAUCCGGGUGGACUGGACCAUCGAAAUGUGCGUUUGUUCCUAUUCCAGCUUCUACGUGGACUCUCCUAUUGCCAUAAAAGACGUGUCCUGCACCGAGACGUGAAACCGCAGAACCUGCUCAUCAGUGAGAUGGGUGAACUGAAGCUUGCCGAUUUCGGAUUGGCCCGUGCCAAGAGUGUUCCAAGUCAUACGUACUCGCACGAGGUGGUCACACUGUGGUAUCGACCCCCAGACGUACUGCUAGGCAGCACCGAGUACUCGACCUCCCUCGAUAUGUGGGGUGUGGGAUGCAUUUUCGUUGAGAUGAUCACCGGUAUGCCAACAUUCCCCGGCAUUCGGGACACAUACGACCAGCUGGACAAAAUCUUCAAAAUUCUUGGGACACCAACGGAGGAUUCGUGGCCAGGCGUAACGCAUUUACCAGGUUAUAAACUACAUAUGCUAGGUUUCUUCAAGCCCCGCAAGCUAGGAUUAAGUUUCCCCCGCCUGUACGAUAUUAUCGAAGGUGAGACAAUGGCAUGUGCAUUACUGCAACUGAAUCCGGACAACCGGAUAAGUGCAGAAGAUGCGCUGCGACAUCCGUACUUUGCUCCAUUGCCAAAAAAAUUGUACGAACUGCCGGAUGAGAUGUCCAUCUUCUCCGUGGAAGGUGUUUACCUGCAUCCCGAGCCAAAUCGUCACCAUCCGUCGCACCAUAAAUGAGAGUUAAGACAAAGUAAAACCCUAGAUGCAAUACGUUAUUAUUGUUAGUAGUGAAUACAAGUGGAGACGAAGCGUAGGAGGAACGAAACUGAUAGAAAAAAAGUCUGUAGACGUAACUGUUCUGCGUUCUGUGAUCAAGCAAAGAAGCUGAAUGAUUAGUGGAAUAACGUGAUAUGGAUCUUUCCGGUGCAUUCUUUUCCCCUAAUGGGGGUGCAGUUGUGGACAUCAUUUUGUCGUAUGGAAGAAUGCGCCACAAUGGUCAACGGUGUUAGUACAUGUUGGCAAGUGAACUGCUCCACGAUACCCACUCACGUUACAAUUAUUAAACAAAAUUCAAACAUUAAACUAAAGCAGAGGACCAGUGCAUCGCAUUACCGCUAAUAUCAUCAGGGCACGGCUGUUUAGCAAACGCUCCAGGUUAACUAGCUAAUCGGUUAUUAAUCAUACUUAUAAUGAGAAUGAAGACCACUGAAGUGCCGAAUCUGGCAGGAUAGUGCCCAUUGGUCGCUGUGUAACUGGUGGUUGUCGCCACCAAGCGCAAAUAGAACUCUUCACACGUAUAGAUCAUUCUACCUUAUUUUGUAGCGAUGCAUAGUUUUAUUAACUCAAUUAACGAACCAUGUAUUAUUCGGUUGGAUUUUUAUUACUUUUUAUCCGCAUCCAACGUACCCAGAUUGUAUAGUUUAGUUUUUUCUUCCCGAAAGUUUAUUUUAAAUUUAGUUUCUUUGAAAAUUGAUUUUAAACUAUCUUCUAGUGAAACGUAUUAAACAAAGUUAAAAACAAAUUAUCGAACAUAUUGAAGCAGGUAUCGUUCAGUUCCUGUUGAGAUCUCACACGGAACUGAAAGCAAUUGUAAAGCUAGGAAGCAAAGUAAUAACAAUCGUGAUUUCAAUUAAGCGUAUAUUACUAUAUUAUGUUCAGUUAAGUCGAUAACAAUUUUUCGUUUCCAGCUCGGACAUUUAGAGUCAAAAUUUCCUGUCCAAUUUCUCGGAUAGCUGUUGAACAGCUGCUAGAAAAAAAAAGUACGAAAGCUUAGACAAAAAUCAGUACCCGUUAUGAUUUGAAAUGACUAUAAACUGUUCAAACGUUAGCAAAGCCUAUUCAAAGAUAGUAAAAGUUGUAUGAAUGAGAGGAGUGAUAGUGCUAGGCAGAUAACACAGAUUAAUGAGGUUUUUAUACUAAAAAGUGAUUACAGCAUGAUGAUUUUAGGCAAACAACAUUUAGAGGAGCUAUUAAACUGAAUAAACAAUUCAUUUCAUUUAUAAGUUUUCGUUUUUCAAUUAAAUUUUAUUUUCUAACAUUCCGAAACUUAUUUUUUUUUUGGUUUUUAUAAAAAAUCAUUAUCUUAUCUUUAUGUUGUGAAAGUAAUUCCUUUAGGUAUGAAUAUACAGUCGAAACAUAAACCAAUAUUAAAAAAGAACUAGUUAAACAACUAAACAACCCCCUCAGGGAGCGAACAUACGAUUGAUGUUUUAGUAUGUGUUUUACUGCGAAAGCCAACCGUAUUUUCAGAUAAGAUAUCACACAGUCGAUAUCAAAUAUCAGAACGGAACCCAAUUCUUAUUGUGAACUAUUGACUAAGUUUUCCCGCCCAGUAACUGUAGUUGUAACUAAUUCCUAACUAGAAAACAUUCAUAGAACUAUUGACUAUUAAAUCUAUAACGAUUCUCAACUAAAAUGAAAUAGUAGCAACAGAACCCAUUCAUAAUGUUUAGAAUGUCAAGAAAAAAAAAUUCAAUCAACUAUCCUACAAUAUUCUGUCAAUGUAGUCAAUGAAUCACCAUUCCCGAGGAAUGAAAUUAGGUAAAGUAGUAGGUAGAGGUAGGAACUUGUUCGAGUGUUUAUGAGAUAACGGUUCAUUUUUGCUCAAGCUCCGUUCGUUAAAACUUCAAAUCGUUCAUUUCGAACUCUUGUAUUGAAUUGUAAAAAACAAAUGAUAGAAUGCAGGAACACAACUCUCUGAAAUCAAAAUUUAUACUUGCCUGUAGACGGCCCAAAAUCCGUUGAUGAUAGACAAUUAGUGCUGUUGUUUGCAGAGUGCAUAAUUUCAAUAGUUAUGUGAUAGGGGACAUGAGAUAUAGAAACAAGGUCUAUAUGUUUGUACCAUUGUAGCUCGAAUCCUGAAGAAAUAGUUUAUCUAGGGUCAAUCAAUUUAAAUUUAUACCGAAUAUGAUUACUUAAAAUUCAUAAAUUCUUCGACAUAAGAAUAGCCUAGUUUCGUUUUCAUUACUUCAUUGCUUACCGGGAAAAUGUCUUCAUAUAAUAAAUAAGUACGUUGAAGAAAAUUUAUAAUUUACCUGGAGUUAUCAAAUAUUUUGAUACGAAAACUAACUGCAUCAAAACCAUUUUAGUGAUGCUCUUAAAAUAAUUAGUGUUUCGAUUCUGAACUGGAACCUUUUAAAAUUGGCAAGCAAUUUUUCUACAAAGAUCAUUAGUUUGCAUUUUAGGUACUGCAAUUCACUACAUCAAACCAGUUCAAGAGAAAUUUGAUAUCCGACUUGAUUUAGCUAUGACUUGGUCUAUAACGAAUUCGUUAUCAUAUCCGCAGGAGCGACUCAUUUCUCCGAACGCAGUUUCACAGAAAACCAAUCCACUGAUUUUUACCUUUUUUAUAUAUAUAUAUAAAAAAUAGGUAUAGAAUUCGCUCAAACUUUCGAAAAAUUUUCCGAAGCCCGGAGGGCCGAAUGUCAUAUACCAAUCGAUUCAGCUCGACGAACUGAGCAAAUGUCUGUGUGUGUGUGUGUGUAUGUGUGUGUGUCUGUAUGUGUGUUGUCAACUAAGAGGUCGAGAUCUCAGAGAUGGCUGAACCGAUUUUGAUCAAACUAGUCGCAAAUGAAAGGUCUCCCCGUCACCCAAAACGCUAUUGAAUGGUUUUGAGAUCGGAUGUUUACUUUUACUUUUUACGAAGUUUUAUGUCAAAAUUUUCAGUUUUUUGACAGUAUCUGUCACAAUUGACCUUGAAAACAGAAUAUGUUUUCAGACUUAGAUUCCGCACGGUAAUAGCUAUCCAACAAGCCAUAGAUUGUUAAAAUCCGUCCAUUUUUAACGGAGAUAUCGAAUUUUUUGUGUAAGCGACUUUUCCCCCAUAUUCCAGCAGUAAAAGUUCUGAGCGCUGUAUGGCAAAGAUAGGCUUGGGAGCAACGUAAAACACGAUUUUUUAUACUGUUACAUACAAUAGUUUCUAAGUACCAAAAAGACUGUGAACAGCAUUAUUUUUCAUGACAUUUUGCCUCGGAUCAAUUUUAGCACGGUUCGUUUUUGGCAACAUAAUCGUUCGAAUAUGACAUAUUGGAAAGAUGGCAGUGCUUCCGAAUUCUGAACAAUUUCAUAAUUACAUUGAUUUAAACUGCUUACAGCAAUAAAUGCUGGAAGAACAUAACACCCAUAUACCAUUUGAAUCAGUUCGUCGAGAUCAGCAAAUGCGUAUGUGACAAAUAAUUUCACUCAAUUUUUUACCUUAUUUUCGAAGAUGACUUAACCGUUUUCUACAAACUCAGAUUCAUAUGAAAAUUCGUAUGCUCCUAAACAAGGUUCCUGAAUUAUGUUUGGAUCCGACUUCUGGUUCCGGAACUACAGGAUGAUAUGUGAAACGAAAUUAAAAUUGUGUAACUUAUUUUCCUCGUAGAUGGCUGAACCGAUCUAAGAUUCAAAUGAUAUCUAAGAAUCAUCUAAGAUUUGCUGAUUUGAAUAGUCGACAACCAAAUAAACUUAUUUCAGUUUUAGUGGUAUUCAGUUUUCGAUUCGGAAGGCACCCAACAAUUUAACUCGUACUACGAUUUCUCAAAGAUGUCUAUACUGAUUUUUAAACAUAUUGAAACAAAUGUAAACUAAUCAGGUGAAUUUGUCUGACUUCGGCUACACCGAUUUUCGAAUUCCGGAUCCAGUAUCGAAUCGUUUCUCAAAGCUCAAUCGUUUUUUCAAAUAAAGCCAAAUCGAAUUUCAGAAAAAAAUUCAAAUUAAAAUAAACUUAUAGUCCCACACAAAAUUAAUUAUUUUUAUUCAAUGCUGACUUCCGAUUCUGGAAUUACAGGAGGAUGAAUUUUUAAAAUUCAAACCGAUAUAGAAGAUGACAAUCCCGAAAAGCUUCAAAGUUGAACUCAAAACUGUUGUAAUUUAUUCGUCAUAUGGCCAUACGAAUCGGUUUGGGUUAUGCUGGUUCCUGAAUACCGGCUCUGGAAGUACCUUAAAUUACCGUAAACUCUAGAGUGGAACUUACAUAUCAUGGCAUGUUUAAUCGAUUAUCACACUUCUAUAUUCAAAUUCGAUCCGAUUUGCAGUUUCGACAUUACAGAGUAAUGAGUGAUUAAAAUCUCAAAUUGUCGCUUAAAACGAGGGUCAUUAAAAUAAUGUCAUGAAAACUUAAACACCGAAGAAUAUUCAUGAAAAAAACACAUGCGGAUUGAUAAAAAAAGGUAUCAUCUCACUGAUAGGUGGAUUAAGCACGUUUUUUACAAUAAAAUAAUCUUUUCCAUCAUUGGCCUAAUUUAUGGUCAGUCCACUUUUACAUCAUCCGAGGCAGUCGACAGAAAAAAAUCGCUUACGGCCGAGACGACAGCAACAAAGUGCAGUAUAGUGUUGUGGACAAUAGAAUAAUGGGGAUGAACCGUCAACCCGGACUAGCCCCGGAUGAACCAAUCUAACGAAUAAAAACUAAUUACCACGAAACUAUACAAUUAUUGUUGACUUAAGAUAUUGCAAAAUACGACCUUCAAUACGAGAAGAAUUCAAAAUUUCGUAUCUCGAUAGACAACUGUGUUUGCUUCAAUUGAACGAGACAAAUAGUGUUGUAUACAUCCAGUUCUAAAGGGAGAUUCUUUUAAGAGGUAUAGGAUUUGAUUUUCAAAAGAAAACAAAAAAAUGGGAAAAUAAAUAAAGGAGAGGAGCUUCCAUUUCCCUCUUGCGAGGAUUGAGGGGCACUUCGUUCGUAGUUCGUCUCGUCAUCCAUUGCCACAUCGAUGGUAUUGUUGUUGGUUUCGUUGCUAGUUGCUGGAGAUGAGCCUUGUUGUACAUUGUUUGCAGUUGCUGGUUGGUUGGAUGGUAAGUUGUUCACUGCAGCUAAUGCACUUUGUUCUAUAGGGGAUACGUUGGAUGGUUCCGUUGAAGGGGAUGCUUCACUGUUGUUGGUGACUGUUAAAGGUGUACUGGGGUUGCUUUGGGUUGGUGUGACGGAAGCACUGUUGUCCUUUGAUGUAGUUGUCUCCUUGUCCAGUUUAUCACACGGCUUACCGUAGUGAACAGCUUUUUGACAAUACUGACAUGUGGCCAUCUGAUUGUCAUAGGUAACAAGUGAUUUGCACGGAAUUCUUGUAUCUUGACCGAAAAUCACAUAAGAAGGUAUAGGCCUCUUCAAGUGUAUGCGUAAUACACGUACGCCAUUUAGAUUACCGGGGAAAAAGUUCUUCCACUUUUCUUUUUCGAUAGAGAGAAUCUCUUCGUAUUGGGACAUAGUUUUGCGAAUAUAAUAAUCGGUGACGCUUGAGUGAAGAUCAUGCACACGCACUUCUAUAGCACUAUCAUCCAUAUAUACUGGAAUAUUGUACCUAAUGUUCUCGUGUUCCACAUAGUGCACAUUGUUAUUGUCUUUUGCGAAUUGAAUUGCAUCCAAUUCUUUAUAAAACUGGAUGUUCACAACAUUAUUCGUCUUAUUGCAUUGAAGUAAAUGCACACGUUUAAUGUCCUGCUGCAUUUGCACUUUAAGCAAACCUUCAAGUUCUCGUAUCGAAGGUCGAAUUUUGCACUGCCUGAAGUCAACAACAAUUGUAUUCUUUCGUGUCGGCGGUAGCUUUUGUUCGUUUGGUUCACUCAUUUUCGAGGUCUUUUGUUCACUACACAAUACUGUACUUGGUUUCUUCUGUUUCCAACGUAAGCGGUUUUGUUUAUCGACUGACUUGGAUACGAGGUAAAACCGAACUGAUUGAAGAUGGUUUCUUACAAAUGUUGGCUACGACUUCGCUUUAGAAGGCCCAUGCGCAAGGUCCAAUUUUGGCAAAUAUUCUCCAACAUAUCGGCCGGUAUUUCACGAAUAAUGCCACCGACCCAUAAUCCACAUUAAACAGUGACUUUUUGGGACGAAUUGGUAGCUCUUGCAAUGAUUCUGUCUGGUCUUUACUCCGGAUGCGGCAAUUUUGCUUGUUGAUGUAUGAGCUUCGUCGCUGAAUACAAUUUUUCGAUAAAAAAGUGGAUCUUCCUUCAACUUUGCCAGCGCACAUUCAUGAUUAAAUAGUAGACCAAACAACUAUUCAUGAUUAAAUUAUAGACCAAACUAAAUAUGUUUGACAAUGACACAAGACACGAUUCACGCGUUGUCUGUGAAAAACAGUGUUGCCUAAAAGAUACGAGCAAAAAAUCACCCUUUAUAAGCAAUUCAUUCGCCAAAAACUAUAACAACGUGCGCUAUCUGGAGCAUGAAAAUAACAACAAACCAGCAUAGAAAUGCAUUUGAAUGAUCUACCUUCAGUCGCUAGCAAUCAAUUUGUUCGAAAAACUAUGUUUCAGUACAGAGAAAUUCUUUCCCUCGUAAAAGAAGCGUGUAGAUGUUUUUUCCCCGGUACCCUCAAUAACGUACGUUUGUUACGCAGACUGCUUAAAAAAGACUUCUUAUGUAAUUUUCGAACACGGUUCAAGGCUCCCAUGUAAAUCGCCUGUCACCUACGACCAUCAACUGGCCACGUGUCAAUAUUGUCAUAAACCUAUUCAUUAGGGUAAGCCUUGGCAGAAACUGGACAAGAAUACAUCUUCACCCAUAGACAUCGAUACUUCUGCUACUCCGACCCCAAUCAGCCCCAGUAAUUCUACGACAGAGUUUAACCACGAUAAAGCAAUCUCAUCAACGAAACCAUCAUCUGCAACCAACGUACAAUAAAGUACUCAUGCUUAACUAAAGAAAACUAAUUGAAAUUUAAAACUCACGGUUCCUACUUCUGGACUGUAUAACCGCUUCGGAGUUUCGGUUACCACGAAAUAGCCAAUAUUUAAUGGUGUAGUUUGAAGGAGUGUUAGCCUCUUUAUAUUUAUUUAAUUAGUUUUCAACUAGUAAUAAUCGCACCUCGGUUGUACCUCAUUGGUUACGAUAUCGCCACUGCGCAAAGCUAUUGAAUUACUUUUUUUUUAAUUAUUUUUACGUCUUUGACUCAUCAGUGCAGAGCAGUUCAAAAUGAACUGCUUAGUGCUAAACUCAGCAGUUCAAUUUGAACCGCUAAGCAGACGUAAAGUUUCUGCUAUUUAGAGAACACUUUUUGUUUUGCAAUGUCUUCUCUGACGUGCCGAACUAAAACGUGUUUUCGACUAUUUCUGGCCGAUGCAGGUUUGGUCAUUUGUCAGUUCAAAAUGAACUGCUGAGUUUAGCACUAAGCAGUUCAUUUUGAACUGCUCUGCACUGAUGAGUCAAAGACGAAAUGUAAAAAUAAUAUAAACGGUUAUGUGCCCUAGCACAAAAUUUGGCUAACCCCUAAAUGAUACUGAAUUACUGUCUGAUACUGGUCGCGAUUCACUUACAUUCACAAUUCAAAUCAUGUGAAAAUAAGUCAUAUCAUUAACUUCACCGUUAAUUUAGCUGAAGCUUACAUCGAUACAGACGCAAAAUUUAUGUUUAUAUGUUAAUAUAUUGUGUCAUCGCCGAAGAAAUUGCGGUAUGCUCGAGUUUACGUCAAGCGUUAUGAAGUAGUUAUUAGAGAUUGAAAUUUUUUUAUACUCAACAUGAUGCCUAACUCGUAAACAAAGAACGGCGAACAAAACAAAGCAAAUAGCUAUAUCUAGCUGAAACUUGACUGAUUCGCCUAUUUUUUAUAGACCAAAAGGCGCCAUAAUCUUUUAAGCGAUCGCAGAGCCUUUUUGGGGGGUCAAACAUGUUACUUUGCACGCCAAAGGUGGGUAUAAUAAAGCGUUCCGCAAAAUCUAAUUCCGUAUUUAUAGCGGAAAAGCAAUAAUUUGCCAUUCCUAAUGCGUUUUGGUCGCAACACGUUAUGAGAACUGAUUUCAAUAUGAUAUUUUUUACAUUUAAUGGAACAUGUAAACAAAUAUUAAAAGUGGAACAUCGCAAAGGCGUAAUUUGGAUUGUUCUUCAUACAUCAUUCUAGUUCGCGAGUUUUGCCGGUCAUCCGAUACGAUACGAUAGCGAUGGAUACGAUUAGAAACUGUUCAACGGAAUUACGAAAAAAAAAUAAUGUGGAUCAUUUUUCAUGAGUCUGAUAAUGACCGUUCGUGAUGGCAAGAACUUAGCCAUGUACUCAAAUCGUUUGCUGAAUAAAAAUAGAGAGCUAUUGUCGAUAUUCUUUUCAUUCGAAAGUUACCUUUAUCGUGAUGCAUCUCAACUUCAUGAAUUAAAAGGUAAUUGUGAGUUUUGCCGUGAUGUUUUGCUGUUGGUUUAAACUAGAUUUCAUAGAUUUAAUGAAGAUGAUGGUUUGAGCCGUUUUGCAGUAGAGUCAUUACGAAAUAUGACUAAACUUGAAAACGGAUUUAACACACUCUUAGAAAAAAUGAAAUUUACGCUUGAAUUAAAUUCAAGUAUACCGUAAUUUCUUCGGUGAUGACAAAGUGUUACAUUUAUUAACAUGUAAAAAUAAAUUUUGCGUCUGUAUCGAUGUAAGCUCCAGCUAAAUAAACUGUGAAGUUAAUGAUUUGACUUAUCUUUACAAUGCUUUGAAUUGUGAAUGUAAGUGAAUCGUGACGCUCCUUUUAUGUGUGUUUAUAAAAAUGUAAAUUCUUCUAAGUGUGCAGUACUAUAUUUGAAAGGAACGAACCUAAGUGUGCUGUACUAUAUUUGGAAAUACACGAGCUAUUACUUCUGUUGAAAAGAUUUUUGAGUUUGGUGAGCCUUACCGUCGCUUCGCAGAAAAAAUGAAACGAACGAACAUUGUAACAACAAUUUUUAGUGUGUUAAUUUAUUUUACUUAUCGUAAGACGAAUUGUAGUUAUCAUCUGUUUUGUGUUUGCUGCUUUAAAGAUAGUGGUUUUUGUGCCAGUUUCAAAUUGACUAUUGCCAAAUAAAUAAUAUUACGUCAGCUGUUUCUUUCCAAAUACAGCUCUUCAAUUUUACUGGUGUUUGAAACCAUUGUUUUCUAGUUUUGAAAACAUUACAUUUUUAACCCCCGAAACAUCACUUACGAAUUCAAAUCUUGUUCCGAGUUGGCGGUUCAAUUCGUAGAGCACUGUAUUACGAACCAGUUGUCGAUUGUUCGAGCUUUAACCUGUAAGGAUUCUGAAGAAAUAAUGUUCGAAUUACACAAAAUGAAUGUAAUACAAAAUCUUCGCUCAUAUUGUUGCUCUCAUACGGCUAUUUGUUUAUAAAAUUCAAAUGUGACGCAAAAGUGACCGAGAACUAGCGAGAGUUCACAAAGUCAUCUUUGCGCUAUCGCACAUUGAAGGUGUUGUCAAAACUAAGCUCCAGUCACUGCAAGAAGAAGUGAUCGGAAAAAGUGUUAUGAAGUACCCCUUCCUUUUUGAAGCAUUCAAGACUUUUAUAAAUAAAAGUUUGAUCACUAAAACUUUCUCUUCAUAGGAUAUUUCUACUGCGCAAGUUUGGUAGUUGUCAUCUGCUGCAAAACAUGAAAAACUGAAAAUAUCAUUAUGCAACUUUUCGAAGUGAGAAUAAGCGUCGACUAAAUACGCAUUUUUUCCGUAUAAAACGGCUAAUAGUCGGCUGCUAUUUAGUAACUAAUGUUCAACAGUGCUAAUGUGUUUAAACAUGCAAAGAAAAAAAUUAUGUCUCUCAGCCGUAUUGCUGUUCUCUAUUAGAAAUAUUGUAAUAUUUUCUAAAGGAGGGCAUACUGAAACACUUUACCCUACCUCACUCACCAUACAGCCCUGAAUAGUAUCCUCGUAUUUAUAUCUCUAUCGAUAACAGACGCAUGGCUUUGCUGGACAAGGUAGUGGAUUGACUCGAAAUCACUAAGUUUUUGUUAAAAGGAGAUCAGAAAACUGCAGAGGCAAAAGUGGUAGAAAUGAUGGGAAGUACUAUGCAUGAAAUGCGUUAUCUUGAUCUGACAUAUUAAUAUCGCGUUUGAGUUCCGUAAACAUUCUUACACUAGCAAGUCAGUAUAGCGUUCAAUUUUAAUAAUAAUUUGCUCAUCAUAAUUACCCCUAUUCUGUAUUUCGAUCAAAUCGGGUUUUGUCGAACGAAUGUAAAAAUUUGCAUUCUGUAAUUCGAUCGAGUAAUGCUUUUGUAUGGAAAACUCGAACUCGAUCGAGCUACAAAAUGCAACAUUUCGUAUUCGAUCGAAACAAUCCGAUUCGAACGAAAUACAGAAUCGGGGUGAAUGACUGUUUCAAAUGUUUAUUACGUAAUGUAGUGAUGGCAUUUCACCAGAGUGAUCCACGCUGGUGUAAGAUUCUUGUCUACACAGGCGAUGCAAGAAGCGAAACAUCACACAAAAAGGAAAGCGCACUUCUUCUCAGUGUCGAAUAGACAGAAUUUGAGUGUGUGCUUGUUGUUAAAGCUGCGAAUACAGUAUGACAAUAUUUUUCGCAGCAAGGAAAAACUAAAUUCACUAUCUUCAUCCACCUCAGAGAAUUUCAGAGCUCUGCUCUAGAAAUUUAGUGUGAUCCAGUGCUAGAGUUGAAAAAAAAAUAAACACUCGCUCUCAUGAUGCGUGCACACUUUAUAUAACAGUUGUGUAUAUGUGUGAAUGAAAAGAGCUCUCGUUGAUGUUGUCAGUGCGAGGGGAGAAAUUAUACUUGCUCUUCGUCACACAGAAGAGAUGGACAUCUCUGACGUAAUGAAUGAAAACCGACUAUAUCAAAGAAGAGAAUUGCAGAAAAUAAUGAACAACGAUUAUGUACACCAACGACUUACCGCCAGUAAUCAAAAUGCUUAACUCAAAUAAAACUUGUAUCAAGAAACAGGCUCCAUCUUGGCACUAUAAGAAUAUUAUCAAUUUGAUAAUUUUUGGUAACUUUUCAGAGCAAGUGAACGUCUCCCCUUGUAUUCUUUCUCUUUCAAUUUUUUGAUACGCGACUAUUAUGAUUUACUUUAGAUUUCCUGUCCUGACCAAAGUUUUUUUUUUAUUUAAAAGAUAUUUUUAUUCAGGCCUAUUGCGUACAAGCUUUACGUGGCAGAUUGAGCCGAUUUUUUCAAUAGAAAAUUUUUCUUUGUGUUAGAUCUCGUUGUCACCCUUUUUCUAGGGGGAGAGGAGCUUCCAUUUCCGUCCGGCGAGGAUUGAGGGGUACUUUGUUCAUGGCUCGUCUUGUCAUCCAUUGCCGCAUCGGUGGUAUUGUUGUUGAUUUCCGUCUUGAGUUCGUUACUAGUUGCUGUAGAUGCGCUAUGUUGUACAUUGGUUGCAGUUGCUGGUUGGUUGGAGGGUAAAUUCUAUAUAGGAUACUAAUGUUUUCGUUGAAGGGGAUGCUUCAUUGUUGUUGGCGGAGGUGUACUGGGGUUACUUGGGGUUUGUGAGAAGGAAGCACCGUUUUCCUUUGGUAUAGUUGUCUCCUUGUUCAGUUUAUCACAUGGCUUACCGUAGUGAACAGCUUUUUGGCAAUAUUGACAUGUGGCCAUCUGAUUGUCAUAGGUAACAAGUGAUUUGCAUGGGAUUGUUGUAUCCUGACCGAAAGUCACAUAAGAAGGUAUAGGCCUCUUCAAGCGCAUGCGUAACAAACGUACACCAUUUAGAGUACCGGGGGAGAAGUUCUUUCACUUUUCUUUUUCGAUAGAGAGAAUCUCUCCGUAUUGGGACAUAGUUUUGAGAAUAUAACGAUCGUUGACGCUUGAGGGAAGAUCAUACACACGCAUUUCUAUAGCACUAUCUUCCAUAUAUACUGGAAUGUUGUUCUUGAUAUUUUCAUGCUCCACAUAGUGCACAUUAUUAUUGUCUUUUGCGAAUUGAAUUGCAUCCAACUCUUUAUAGAACUGGAUAUAAACAACAUUAUUUGUCUUUUUGCAUUGAGGUAAAUGAACACGUUUAAUGUCAAGAUGAAUUUGCUCUUUAAGCAUACCUUCAAGUUCUCGUAUCGAUGGUCGAAUUUUGACCUGCAUGAAGUCAACAUUAAUUGUUUUCUUUAGUACCGGCGGUAGCUUUAGUUCGUUUGUUUCACUCAUUUCGAGAUCGUUCUAUUGUUCACUACACAAUACAGUACUUGGUUUCUUCCGUCCCGAACGUAAGCGGUUUUGUUUUAUCGACUGACUUCGAUGGGAUGUGAAAGCGAACUCCUUCCUGACCAAAUGUUGAACAUUUGCACAAAUAUGAAAUUAUCCAUUUCUACAUUCGUUCGUUUUUUUGUGAGUUAUAAGGUUCUACUCAAGUUUCAAUUGAACUUAUUGUUUAAUGUGCCUAAACUUCGGGAAUUCGAGCAACUAAUGAAUGGUAAAAAAAUUAAAUAAUAUAAAUACCAAUCUGAAAAUUAAACUUGGAAAAAUCUUCAUCCCGUUCUUUCAGUAACCCUAACACUGUUUCGAAGAUUUAAUCUUAACGACCUUUGAAAAGCCCUGAUUUAAUGAAUAUUAUUUCCUGAAAGUUGACAUACGACAGACAAAUUGCACACCUGGAAAAUCACUUGAACUAUCUGAACGCCGAAAAAAAGAUAAAAUAGAACUCACCACAGACAAAAUAAAGCAGCUAGCAUAGGCUGACAACGGUUUAGAUGUAAAGAUGUUUGAAUUUAUGAUAGUUUAAAGAGAUUGAUUUCGUUCUGAAUUGAAUGUGAUAACUUGAUUAUAUUUAAACGAGAAGUAAGAACAAAACAAGACCCUAAAUAUAAAUCUACAACAAUUCACAGCGAGAAACACUAACUCAACUUUGAAAAUACUAGGAUAACACAAGACAAGAGUGAACAAAAUGAAAGAAGAAAGUCGAGUCACUACAGUGACCUUAAAUGUAUUAGCAAACGAAUGCAAGGAAAGCAAAGAAAUACGUUUUAUAAUAAAAAUAAAUAGAACGGUAUUUUUAAUAAAAACUACUUGAUAAUAAAAAUUCAGUAAAAAAAACUUUUGACGAUUAUGUACAUAUAUAUGAGAUAUAACAGAAACGUAGUGAACAGUUUCUCCCAAAUUACUAGCAGGAUUCAACAAAAUAAAAACGUUAGUGAAAGGAAGCCACAGUACUACUUGAUGAUAAAUAUUAAAUUACUAGAUGUAGUUGUUGCGAAUGAUUAUGAAUGGUUGGAUUUAAGUCUGUUUUAUAUUCACUGUGAGGCGAAUCGGACAAAACAAGUUGUGUUUUGGUAUGUCGAGAAUUAGUACGUUCUUAUUUGAUAGCACAGAGUCAUCAGAUUUUAUUUAGCUAACAGCCAAACAAAAAAGUGAUCUACGUUGUUGUUCCUCAGUGAGACAGGAAAUGUCGGAGUGACAUACAACUGCAUGAAAAUGAAAUUAUUUCAGUAGACGUAGACAAAACAUAGUCAUAUUGAAAAGGAAUAAUCAUUAAAUUUGAGACAAAAUAAACAAUCAGCACAACAUUAAAUCUUCACACAACAACGGUUCAUAGUAAACUAAAAUCAAAGCAGCAAGCAUGCAAACAAGUACAUUGAACUAAAAGUAGAAUACGACAAUUAGUGGAAUAGAAAUAACGGAUUAGUUAAACCAUUAAAGACUCUCAGAUGUGAACGAACUCUACCAACAGCAAUAGCUCCCAAAAAAUGUCUCUUUCUACAGACUAGAUAAUAUUAUUAGAGCUUAUAUUUUACGAGGAAAAAAAACAUGCAAAAUUUUACUUUACGAAAACAACACUCAUUUCUAGACACGGUUUGAGUACAGUAGCAGAAAAAUGAUUGGCCAUAGUACUGCGAUACUGUCGGAACUCAUAGCACUUUUUUGCACGGAACACAUCAGGCCGCAAAAUUCUUGUAAUAGAAUCGCACGCACGUCCCAUCCCGUAAAUUUCGUCCAUAGAUAAACUGAAAGAUAACAAAAACGAAUAUGGUCUAAUUGUAAGAAACAUCUAUGAAACAAUUUCAUUAUUAUCUGUUGUUUCAGUUGAAUUGCAACUCUUUUUAAUUAGGGCACAACUAAAUAGUUUUGUUUUUUCAAUUAGCUUACACGAAAGUAACUGGCCGUUCGAUUCACGUAGUUCUGGAAAAAAAUACAUAGAAUAAACCCUAUUCUCGAAGUAAUCUCAUCUCGUAAGGUGGUCUCACAACUGACGACGUAAGUUGCACUGGAGUGAUAGGAGGAUCUGUUUCAGAUUGUAACUUCAAUUAUUUUAGUGAAAACUUUCUAAUGUUGUUUCGGGACACCUUUCCGUAAGUGAGGGACUUGUGCAAAUAGGGUCCGGAAACAAAUUCAACAAAUUUAAAGAUGUUUCUCUGGUUGAAGCUGUUGUGUAUUUUUUCACACGAUGACAUAAAAUAGUCAAAACUGUCAACAUUGGAUGGAAAAAUUUACUGUAGAUGAAAUAAGGAAGUAAUCUUAAUUCGAUUUUGUAAAUAGUUUUAAUAACAUGAAAAUAUUGUUUAUAUGAUAAACUAAAAGCAAAUUAUAUAUUACGAUUAAAUGAAAAGAUU